UGCUCUGUUCCGCAGAGCUGCGCGUGCUCUGUUCCCCAGCGCAACGCGAAGGUUGUCGGGAUCCGCGGCAGCGGCGGCUAGAGGUUGGUCACUAGUCCCUGCGGGCGGCGGCGGCCUGGGGCGGCGUGGCGUUUGGUGGGCAGGUACACUGAUCCUGAAGUACUAUGAUCUUUCAGAAACUCUGGAGAAACUACAGAGUUCUGGUUGUUAUGGUCCCUGUAAUUGGGCUCGUACAUUUGGGAUGGUACAAAAUCCAAAGCAGCCCUAUUUUCCAAAUACCUCACAAGGACGACAUUCCUGAGCAAGAUAGUCUUCAACUUGAAAAUCUGCAGAAGAGCCAAAUCCAAGGGAAGUAGCAGGCUUGCGGUCUUCAGAUAAAGAAGCAGCUUUGAAUCUGAGCUUCAUUUCAAAAGAAGAGAUGAAAAAUACCAGUUGGAUUAGAAAGAACUGGAUUCUUGUAGCUGGGAUGUCUUUCAUAGGUAUCCAUCUUGGAACCUACUUUUUACAGAGGUCUGCAAAGCAGUCUGUAAAAUCUCAGUCUCAAAUCAAACAAAAGAGUAUUGAAGAGUGAAGUAAAAUAAAUAUUUGGAAUUGCUGACUUGUUAUUAAAUCAUUAUAUGCUGAUUUAGCUUCAUAAACAUUGAACUGCUUGAUUUUAUAGCCACAAUGCUGCAUAUUUAUACUUUAAUUCCUAAAGAAUAAUUUUUUAUGUUAACACAUGAUAAUGCAAUAAAUAGAAAAAUGUGGUUUACAUAGUAAAAACGGUCUUUACAAGUUAUCACCUGAAGUAAGAUGUCUCGUUUAGAUACUAAGAAGCCAUCACUGUGUAAGAGUGAACCACUGACAAAUGAGAGAGUCAGGACCACACUUUCUGUCUUGAAAAGAAUUGUAACAUCGUGCUAUGGCCCUUCAGGUAGGCUGAAGCAGCUGCACAAUGGCUCUGGAGGUUACGUGUGCACAACCUCACAGUCCUCAGCCCUGCUCAGUCACCUUUCGGUCACACAUCCCAUAUUAAAGAUCCUGACAACCUCCGUGCAGAAUCACGUGUCAAGCUUCAGUGAUUGUGGCUUAUUCACAGCCAUUCUUUGCUGCAACCUGAUUGAAAAUGUUCAGAGAUUAGGCUUGACACCCACCACUGUCAUUAGUUUAAAUAAACAUCUUUUGAGUGUCUGCAUCAGUUAUCUCAAGUCUGAGACCUGUGGUUGUCGAAUCCCAGUCGACUUCAGUAGUACUCAGAUCCUCCUUUGUUUGGUGCGCAGUAUAUUAACGAGUAAACCUGCCUGUACACUCACCAGAGCGGAAACAGAGCAUGUCAGUGCUUUGAUUCUGAGAGCCUUUUUGCUUACAAUUCCAGAAAAUGCUGAAGGCCACAUCAUUUUAGGAAAGAGUUUAAUUGUACCUUUAAAAGGUCAAAGAGUUAUAGAUUCCACCGUAUUACCUGGGAUACUCAUUGAAAUGUCCGAAGUUCAAUUAAUGAGGUUAUUACCUAUCAAAAAAUCAACUGCCCUCAAGGUGGCACUGUUUUGUACAACUUUAUCUGGAGACAUUUCCGACACUGGAGAAGGAACUGUGGUGCUCAGUUAUGGGGUUUCUCUUGAAAAUGCAGUCCUGGACCAGCUGCUUAACCUAGGAAGGCAGCUAGUCAGUGACCACGUAGAUCUUGUCCUCUGCCAAAAAGUAAUACAUCCAUCUUUGAAGCAGUUUCUCAGUAUGCAUCGUGUUAUUGCCAUAGACAGAAUUGGAGUGACUCUGAUGGAACCCCUGACUAAAAUAACAGGAACACAGCCUAUUGGAUCUCUAGGCUCAAUAUCUCCUAACAGUUAUGGAAGUGUGAAAGAAGUGUGCACUGCAAAAUUUGGCUCCAAACAUUUUGUUCAUCUUAUUCCUAAUGAAGCAACAAUCUGCAGCUUACUUCUCUGCAACAGAAAUGACACUGCCUGGGAUGAGCUAAAGCUCACAUGUCAGACGGCACUGCAUGUCCUGCAAUUAACCCUCAAGGAACCAUGGGCUUUGUUGGGAGGUGGCUGUACUGAAACUCAUUUGGCUGCAUACAUCAGACACAAGACUCACAACAACCCAGAAAGCAUUCUCAAAGAUGAUGAAUGUACUCAAACAGAACUUCAGCUAAUUGCUGAAGCAUUUUGCAGUGCUCUCGAAUCUGUUGUUCGCUCUUUAGAACAUGAUGGAGGUGAAAUUCUCACUGACAUGAAGUAUGGACACCUUUGGUCUGUUCAAGCAGAUUCUCCCUGCCUUGUUAACUGGCCAGAUUUGCUUUCACAGUGUGGUUGUGGAUUAUACAAUAGCCAGGAAGAACUCAGCUGGUCUUUCUUAAGAAGUACAUAUCAUCCUUUUGUGCCACAAACCUGCCUUUCACAAGAAGCUGUAGGCUCAGUCAGCAACCUGACCUUGGAUUGUUUGACUGCUAAGCUUAGUGGCCUACAGGUGGCUGUAGAGACAGCCAACUUGAUUUUGGAUCUUUCAUAUGUUAUUGAAGAUAAAAACUAAGAGAAUAGCGUGUUUGUAUUUCAAAAGAAGCAAACCAGUCUGGUGUCAAUUAAGAAAAAUUGUGCGUGUGUUUGUUCUCUCCCAAAGGCCUAUUCUGUGUAUUUGGACAAAUGACUCGUAAAAUUAUAGAUAUACUGAUUUAGGAAAAAAGAUGAUUCGUGAAUAGAAAUGCCGUAAAAUAAUAAAAAUACAAAUAAUUAUUCAUUUAAAAAUAUUUUAGUUAUCUUAGGGAUUCUAAGUGGCUGCUGUACAUUGUUCUAAAUUUUUGUUAUUAUUUUGACAUCAAUUUUGAGAACAAACAGAAAUUAAAAAGACUUCUAAUCCAUACUCCAGUUUGGAUACAUAGUUUAGAUAUUUUCUAGUUAGUAGUAGUUACAUAUACUUAAAUAAUAAAACUAGAUUUCAAAGUCUCAUAAAACAUUCAGUAUAUAUUGCCCAUCAAAAGAAGUAUUCAUACUGCACAUUUAGUAAAAUUUCACUUUUCACAGUGCCCUUUAUCUCAGCCUAGAUUCUUCAGUGGUUAGGUAAUUGAUGUAGAACCUGGUUUGCCUGCAGUUGCUAGUUUGUAUCACAGCUCCACAUUUUUGUUAUUUGGGGGAAAUGUUUGCUUUUGGGGGGGGGGGAAGUAGGUUUAUAUAGUAACUAAGGCGAAAGCAACUUUGUAAUGUCUUCAUUUUUAAAGUGGGAGGAGGAACUGGUUUGUUUUCGACGGGGGUUUCUCAGACUUGGCAUUAUUGACAUUCUGGACCCCAUAAUUCUUUGUUGUGCGGAGGCUGCCCUGUGCAUCACAGCUUAUUUAGCACAUCCCUGGCCUCUGCACACUAGAUGCCAGUAGCACACUCCUGUUGUGACAACCAAAACUGUCUCCAGACAUUGUAAAAUGUCCCCCAAAGAGCAAAAUUGUCAUUGGUUGAGAACCAUUGACUGACAGAAAAGGAAGGACAAUAAGAGGUAUUCUACCAGGACUUCAGGAAGCAGCCUGAAGGCAGUGGAAGUUAUUUCUCUAGUCACUAGUAUGAAAAAGAAACUAGAAAGGCUCCCAUAUUCAAAGUAGAGACACUAUGUUUCACGAAGGGAUGCAAUUUGAAUUUUAUGCCAAUAUAAGAUGUAUUGAUAAAUUGAAGAAGAAAUAUAGAAGGCAGCUAGAUGAAUUAGUAUGGAUAAGAAAUGUUACAUUAAACUUUAGGAAAACAUUUUGGAAAUUUUUGGGAAACGAACCAACCUAAUAGUCAAUGAUCAGAUCUAUAGCUGUGAUAAAGAGAAAUAUAAUUGUUAAGCAAUCCAAUAUUCUUGUAAUCAAAAAUAAUUUUACUCUGAGCCAAAGAAAAAAAUCACAAUACAAAGAGCAAUGCCAUCCAUACAUGUUAAAUAUCAGCCCACCUGAAGUCUCAUGGACUAUUAAAAGUGUUACUUCUUUUAUUAUUAGAGUCAAACAGAAGGACACUGUGGUAGGCAGCCUCUAAGGUGGCCCCCAGUGAUCCCCACCUCCUGGUUUCAGACCUUGCAUAAUUUCCUCCCCUUGUGUAUGGGCUGGAUUUAGUGACUCCUUUAUGCCUCCCAUUUCCCAUCUUUGUUGACAGAAUGUUAUGGUGAUGACUGUGGUUAUGCCUUAUCCAUGAUUUUAUGCUGUGAGUAGAAGGCAGAUACCUUGUCUCUAGUUUCAUGGAUCUAUAGAUGGAAAGCAACGGUGCUCUAGGAACUGUACUUAAAGAAUUAUCCCCUGAGGAAGCCUGGGGCAAUUCCAAUUAUGAGAUCACCCUGGCUCGAUUCCAGUUAUGAGAUUCUGAACUUUGAGCUGAUGUUAUGCAAAAGUAAAACUCUUGAGGAUCUGAGGAGUAGGGGGAAUGUAUUUUGCAUGUAGUAGGCAGCCUCCUAAGAUGGCUCCCAAUAAUCCCAUUUCCUGGCAGUCCACCCUCUGGUUGUAGGUGGGACCUAGUGACUAGCUUCUAAUGAAUAGAAUACAACGGAAGGGACGGGAUGUCACUUCUGAUAUUUGGUGGUAAAAAGAUGAGUUUAUCUUUUGAUGCCUUCUCUCUCAAUGAAAGCCAACUGUCAUGUUGGGAACUGCCCCCUGGAGAGGCCUACAUAGCAAGGGUUGAGUGAGGCUUCUAGCCAACAGCUCAAAAGGAACUGAAUCCUACCAACAACCACAAGAGUGAAUUUGGAAGCAAUUUCUCCCCAGUGGAACUUUGAGAUGAGUGUAGCCCUGCCACUGGAGCCACAGGAGAGACCCUGAAGCAGAAAAGCCAGCUAAGUUGUUUCCAGGUUGGUUCCUGACCCACAAAAUCUGUGAGAAAAUAAAUGUUGUUUUAAGUGAAAUUUGGGGUGUACUUUGUUAUACAGCAAUAGAUACCUAAUAAAGGCAAGAGGAAGCGCAUAUUUGUAAUAAAGUAGUUACUGAAAACGUAGUCACACAAAUGGAAAAAAGCAUUCUUGAUGCCAUGCCUUUGCAUUUUCAUCAUCUCCCCAAACCUGAAAGAAGGGUUCUUCAUGACAUGUGUUUACAGUGGUCACUGAAGAAGGUGUGUCACAUAGGAGUUGGGAAUUGUCCUGGUUCUCCUUGUCCUUACCCUGCAUUUUUUCAAGCUCCUCCAAGAAGGGGUGACACCGUGAACCUCUCCAACUGAUCUUAUAGAUUAGCGGUUUCCACUUUUCAUGAUAGUGAUUUUUAAAAUUCGGUCAUUUUUAGUUCUGCCGUAAAAUUCGAUGAAACAUCAAUGCUGUUAUUUUGAAUAUAUCACAAAUUAGUUAAAAUAUAUUUAUAAAUGCCUCUGUGUUUCAUAAAGUUGUAAUAAUCCUUAGUAGAAAACACUGGAAAUAGA